UUUAGAAUUUUUUCUUAACUAGAACAAAAUGUCACCGUUUCUUAUUACUUUUUUCAUUGUUUUGGUUGCGUCUGCAGGUUUUGUAAGCACGCAACAAUGUGGGGAAAAUUCAAUAUGGACCGAGUGUGGUACACGGUGUCCAAAAACUUGUGAUAAUGUUCGAAAUCCAGAACCUAUUCCUUGUACAUUGGAAUGUGUAAGAGGUUGCAGAUGUUAUCGUGGUUACGUUAGAAUAUCUUCAAGAAAUCAUAACUGUGUAUUAGAAAGAAACUGUCUUAGAAUGGAAGAAAUUGAAUGAAAAAUAAUUUCUAAAAAAUAAUUUUUAUUAACACAGUCUUUGCUUGAAAAAAAAAUUAUUUUUUCACAAAUUGCACUGACAAAAUGAAAUGUGCAUUCUUGAAUUGAUAAUAAACAAAAAAUAUAUAAAUUUUGAACAUUUUUCCUGUAAAUAUCUUUGCGGAAACAAAUUGACAAUAAAUUUUUAAUA